AUGAAUACUCCUAUACCACCACCUGAAACCGACUCUCCUCCUUACUCACCACCCCCCUUCAUAGGAUCUGAGGCAUCUCGCUCACAAAGCCCAGCAAUCAUUAACGGCAAUGGCGCAAAGCCGGGCAAACAUCCAAAAUCCAAGAAAUCCAAGAAGGGUAGGGACGAGAAAGUCCAGCCAUCUGCGGCGUCAGGUGGUGUCCCAGACCCAUCUCCAGAGUAUCUGACACUGGCAGCGUAUCCGCCCUUCCGGUUACCGUAUGCGCGCAAGAUUCUUGUGGUUAUCGACCUCAACGGAACGCUGUUGUACCGACCUAGCCGACACAAUCCUACGGCCUUCAUAGAGCGCCCCCAUGCGCGCACCUUCCUACGUUACUGCAUUGAUACCUUCAAAGUAGUCAUUUGGUCUUCAGCAAAGCCAUACAAUGUGACCAGAAUGUGCGAGCAACUUCUCACGCCUGAGCAGCGCUCACGUGUUGUUGCCGUCUGGGGACGUGACCACUUUGGUUUGACUCAAGAAGACUACUACCUACGCGUUCUCUGCUAUAAGCGUCUAAGCGCGCUAUGGGCUGAUCCCGAAGUUGCAGCCAGCCAUCCAGAGUUUGCAGAAGGAAAGCGCUGGAGCCAGGCUGAUACGGUACUAGUAGACGACUCAGUCGAGAAAGCGCGUACCGAACCGUACAAUAUCAUUCAAAUACCCGAGUUCAAGGGUGAUGCAACUGAAGAAGGCUUUGUCCUUCCCCAGGUGCAUGACUACGUCAAUGAAUGUGCGCAUCAGACUGACAUUAGCACCUAUAUCCGUAAUCAACCCUUCAAGACGGUUCCGGGUUGGAAGCUUCUCCCUCCUAACUCGGUUGAAUGA